AUGGCCAACCUGGCAGACAAGAUGGGGGUUAUGAAGGGACAGGAGGAGCAUCCUAUGGGCCACCCGCAGGCCUCCUUCGCUUUGGUAGACCCUGACUUGAGGACACUGUCUGGUGAGCAGGAGAACCGUGAGGACGUGAACCAGCCCCCUGGAAAAUCCACUGGGCCCAAUGGCCCUGCUGUUACACCUGUGGCCCUGUGCCUGCCACCUGGGCCCCCAGAGUCCCCAAGCCGUCAGCGGUGCCACACGCUUCCCGCCAGUGAGUUUCGCUGCCUCACCCCAGAGGAUGCCACAGUGUCCUUCACUUCCAUCUCGGGCAUUUGCCCCCUGGAUCCGGACGAGAUCUGACACUUCCUGACCUUGUGUCUGGAGCUGUCCCUGGGCUGGUCUGAGGAGGGCCGCCUGGCCGCCUUAAUCAUUGGCUUCCAUUGGGAUGAGGAGAGACCCAGUCUGGCGAGGACAGCCCAUCCUAGUGUGCUGGCUGUGGACCACACAUCCCGGCAGCAGGGCAAGGGCUCCAUCCUGCUGCGGUGCUACCCGCACCAUCUGAGCAGCCAGCCAGCUCUGGGCCGGGCUGUGCUCAUGUGGGAGGAUACCCUUGUGCCCUUCUACCAGAGGUUCGGCUUCCGUCCUGUGGGCCCAUGUGCCGCCACUGUAGGCCUGCUCAGCUUCAGAGCUCUAGGGCUCCCAGCAGAGCUGUGCCUCCCAGCACACAGCGGCUGCUGA